UCUGAAAAUGCAUGUGGUCAUAGCUCAAUAUUUUCCCAACUUCCAAAAUCUCCCCGCAACACCUCCGAACUUCCACAUUCGCAUCGCAUUCUCUCGAGACCAUGUCCAAGACCAAGACGAAACGCGCACGCCGUGAACUCAAACGUGACGCAACCCGCAAAAUUGCAAAUUUCCAGAAAGCCGCCGCAAAAUCUGUCCCAAAGCCAUCCGCACCCGCCGCGAAGAAGCAGAAACCGAACAACGACCCAAAACCUCCCGCCACUGCUGUGCCUAAACCGCCCGUCCAAGCCUCACAGAAGCAUGAAGUACCAUUCGGCACGUACGACCACAUUCUCCUCGUCGGAGAAGGCGACUUCAGCUUCACCAAGUCCCUUGUAUCCGAGCACGGGUGCGCAAAUGUAACAGCCACGUCCUUCGACAGCGACGAGGAAGUGCGGGCGAAAUAUCCCACCUUUGCAAGCAUACACGACGAGCUGAGCGCGCUCACACCACCCGUACCAUUCCACUCCAGCGUCGACGCUACGAAGCUCGGUUCCUACAAAGCCUUGCGCUCGUCGGAGGAGCGGGAAGGCGGCUGGGACACGAUCGCAUUCAUGUUCCCGCACACGGGCGGUCUCUCUACGGAUGUGAACCGCCAGGUGCGCGCCAACCAAGCGCUGCUCGUGGGCUUCUUCAACUCGUGCCUGUCGGCGCACAAAGGGCGGCCGUUUCUGCGCGACGGUGGGCGGGUGCUGGUGUGUCUGUUUGAAGGCGAGCCGUACACGCUGUGGAACGUGCGGGACCUGGCGCGACAUGCGGGGCUGAAGGUGGUGGAGAGCUACAAGUUCGACUCGAAGGAUUAUCCGGGAUAUGCGCACGUGCGGACGUUGGGGGCGAUCGAAGGGGGUGGUGCGUGGAAGGGGGAGGAUAGGAGGGCACGGAUGUUUGUUUUUGAGAAGGUGGGGGAGAAGAAGAAGGAGGAGGAGGAGGGGGAAAAGAAAUGGGGAAAGAAGAGGGCGAGGGACGAGAGCGAGAGCGACUCGGAUGAAGGCUGAAGGGAUACGGUGCAGAGCUUGAUUGUACGAUUUUAAAGAGGAUAGGUUUCACUCUCCUGAAAGUGUUCCUUCAGGGACGACAGCGUCGGCUAGGUGUGAGGAAUUGAGCCAGGACCGAGCAGCGACAGGUUCUCCGAGUGCUAGGAUUCACGUCGAGGAGCUUGGAGAUACGUAAAGACGGUGUGCUUCAGCCAUCGAUGCUGACCUUUCGAGCGAUCUGGGAGAUGUCGCAAAGCCCGAGGA